AUGGCAGCACCACUUCAGUACUCCCUCCUCCUCCUCCCAUUCCUCUGCCUCUUCCUUGCUCUGGCCUUCUCUUCCGGCGAGGCCGACCCCAAAGUUCCGGCGAUCUUCAUCUUUGGUGACUCCUCUGCCGACGUGGGCAACAACAAGUAUUUGUCCGGGGACCAAAAUAAUUCCAAUAAUUUCUUACCAUAUGGAAUUGACUACCCUUCAGAGAACGCUAGUAACCCCACUGGAAGGUACAGUAAUGGCUACAAUGGCGCUGACGUCUUGGCACAGGUUAUGGGAUUCAUUGAAAGCCCACCACCUUUUCUCUCUCUCGAAAUUGACCAGAUAACUCACCGUAUUAAAAAUAUUACGCAAGCAAAGAAUGGUAUAAAUUUUGCCUCCGGAGGAUCUACACUUUUGUACUAUGGAAGCAGUGAUAGCAAUAAAAGCAUUUCCAUGGCAGAGCAGAUGGGGUACUUUCGUCAAUUUCGGACACAACUCAAUGAAACAAUGACAAGUCAGCAAAUUGACCAGCUGUUCUCUAAAUCUCUCUUUCUCAUAAGUAUUGGGGGAAAUGAUAUCGGUGUCUAUCUAGCCGCCACCGCCCAUGGUGUUGAAAUUGAACUUCAAAAAUUCAUUUCUUCUUUUAUUGUCAAAUACGGGGAUUAUUUAAAGGAUCUCUAUUUACUUGGAGGGAGGAAGUUCGGUAUUGUUAAUGUUGCACCUGCAGGAUGCAUUCCUGUGGUGAAAGAUCUUUUGAACUUCACUGCUGGUGGUUGUUCGAAUAUAGUAAAUGCAGUGUCAUUUGCAUGCAACUAUGCGUUAAAGGUUCUUAUGAAUAAUCUGAGCUCAACAUUGACGGGGAUGAAAUAUUCUAUUGGAAAUUCCUAUGCUGUUUUCAUGAAGAUAAUUGAUAACCCUGGAGCCUUUGGUUUUAAUGAUACGAAAAAUCCAUGCUGUGGAUCUGUUGAAAAUGGUUGCAAACCAAAUUCUACAUUUUGUCCAGAUCGACGCCGGUACGUAUUUUGGGAUGGUGUACACCCUACAGAGGCAACAACUCAAGUUUUUGGGCAUUUAGUUUAUAAUGGCUCAACCGAAUAUGCCUCUCCUAUCAACUUCAAAGAAUUAGUUGAAGAUGAUAACUGA